AUGUCUAGUCCAAAGGUGAUGGCCUCUACAUUGAAGGCCAAAGGUUUCGGAGACCAUAAUAUACUUGGUGAAUUUGACGCCAAUUACUCCUUCCCGAGACAGCUGAUCCCGGAGACUAUGAAAGAUGAUAGCAAAAUACCACUGGUCGUUGUUGCAUGUGGCUCAUACUCACCCAUUACAUAUCUGCAUUUGAGAAUGUUUGAGAUGGCAAAGGAUCACCUGAAUGAACGUACUGACUAUGAGCUCAUCGCGGGAUACUACUCGCCUGUAUCCGAUGCGUACAUAAAGGAGGGAUUAGCGGAAGCAAGGCAUAGAGUAAAUAUGUGUCAAUUAGCAGUAGAUAGUACGUCCGACUGGCUGAUGGUGGAUUCUUGGGAGUCGAGACAGCCAAUGUACCAGAGAACUGCGUUUGUGCUAGAUCACUUUGAUCAUGAAUUGAACAAUGUUGGUGGCGGCAUCAAAACAAGCACAGGUCAAGUAAAGCAAAUCAAGAUCAUGUUGCUGGCUGGUGGUGAUUUGAUGGCAUCCUUUGGACAUCCUGGCGUCUGGACACCAGAAGAUCUUCAUCAUAUAGUGGGUAGAUAUGGCUGUGUGAUCAUUGAGAGAACUGGCACAGAUGUGUAUGGUUUUCUGCUUUCGCAUGAUAUUUUGUAUCAAUAUAGGAUGAAUGUCAUUAUUGUCAAACAAUUGAUUCAUAAUGAUAUCAGCUCAACAAAGAUCAGAUUGUUUGUCAAGCGAGGCAUGUCCAUCAAGUAUCUGCUACCCAAUCCUGUAAUAGAUUACAUUUUAGAUCACAGGUUGUAUUUGCCUCAGUCUGAUACCUGA